UGCCCCCCAUGUCCCCCCUGGCUGUCACCCUGGCCGUGCUGGCCGUGACCGCGGUCACCGCCGAGGUGCAGGAGGUGUCCCUGGACAUGGCCGAGGACUCAUUCGAUGACCAGUACCGGGGCUGCCAGGACACCAUCACCGCGGCCCUGCCGAACCUCAGCAGCGCCGAGUUCCAGAGGAACCCGCACCUGGCACAGGUGUGGGCCAAGGCCGCGGCCACCUGGUGGAAGUGGGGACCCCCCAAGAGCCACCUGUCCCCAGACCAGGCCAUCGCCAUCGUGGCCUACACCAGGAACGAGCUGUACGCGGAGUUCAACGCGGCGGUGCGCCGGGCCGGCAGCUCGGGGCUGUGGUACCACCGCGAGUUCCACUACAAAACUCUGCAUUUCCUGCUGAGCGACGCCCUGGCCGCACUCCGGGAGCCGCGGUGCCGCUGCGUGUUCCGCGGCGUGGACGGGCGCAGGUUCCUCGCCCGGCCGGGACAGAUCGUUCGCUUCGGUCAGUUCGCGUCCACGUCGCUGUGCCGGGGAGUG